GAGGGACAGAAGCACAUGCGUGAGGUUCCCACUGAUGCCUUUGGAGACAUCGACUUUGGAGGACUCGGCCAAAACAUGGGAAAGUAUGUACGCGUCUCCUCAGACACCUCCUCCAAUGAUUUGUACCACCUGAUUACGGAGUACUGGAAGCUCCGCCCCCCGAACCUGCUCAUCUCGGUCACAGGCGGGGCCAAGAACUUCUACAUGAGGACACAUCUGAAGCAGAAGUUCCGCAGAGGCCUCAUCAAAGUGGCCCAGAGCACAGGUGCCUGGAUCAUCACCGGGGGCACCCACACUGGGGUGAUGAAGCACGUGGGGAUGGCCGUCCGUGACUACACCCUCAGUAGCAGUUCUGCCCGGGGGGAGAUCGUGGCCAUUGGGGUGGCCUCAUGGGGCACUGUACACAAACGCCAGUCCCUUGUACACCCUGAGGGCUGUUUCCCUGCCCACUACACACUAGACGAGCAGGGCCAGGGUCGGCUCUCCUGCCUGGACAGCAACCACUCGCACUUCCUGCUGGUGGACGAUGGUACGCACGGCCACUACGGCGUGGAGAUCGACCUGCGCAGCCGCCUGGAGAAGCUCAUCUCAGAGAAGCCCCUGGGAAACCAAGAAAGUCACGUGAAGAUCCCAGUUGUGUGUGUUGUGCUGGACGGAGGGCAGGGCACUCUGAAUACCAUCUACAGUGCCAUGCUGAAUGGCACCCCGUGUGUGGUUCUGGAGGGUUCGGGCCGGAUGGCAGACGUGAUCGCUAAUGUGGCCGGGAAGCCCGUAUCGCAGGUCACCCUGGCUCUGAUCCAGAGGCACAUGAAGAGGUUCUUUGGCCAGGAGUAUGAAGGCUUUUCUGAGAUCAAGGUCAUCGAGUGGGCCAAAAAGAUCCAGGACAUUAUCAGGAUGCCACAUCUCCUGACUGUGUUCAGCAUGGACGAGGACAAGAACAGCGAUGUGGACGUGGCUAUCCUCAAGGCCUUCCUGAAAGCGUCUAGGAGUGAGGAGAAUGCGGGGCAGAGGGCCUGGGAGAGGCAGCUGGAGCUGGCCGUGGCCUGGAACCGAGUGGACAUUGCUGAGAGCGAGAUCUUCACGGAGGAGAGCCAGUGGCAGUCCAGCGACCUGCACAAGGCCAUGCGCUCGGCCCUGCUGGGCCACAAGUCGGAGUUUGUGCGGCUGCUGCUGGAGAACGGCGUGAACAUCCCCCAGUUCCUGUCCAGAGAGGAGAUGCUGUGCGAGCUCUACACCAACAUGCCCAGCUGCCUCUUCCUGCGCAAGCUGGUCAAGCGCUUGCAGAGCGACAAGGGCCGGCGCUCGCUGGCCAGCCCGUGCCCACGGAGACAGGUGUCGCUAGAGGCUGUGGCCGAGGUGGUGCGCCAGCUACUGGGCAGCUUCACCCAGCCCAUCUACUCGUUGCCGCCCUCACACGAGCUCAUCAAGAUGGCCGACGAGGACCUCGAUACCACUAUGAUUAGAGACCCUGGGAGAGACCUCUUCCUGUGGGCCGUUGUGCAGAAUAACAGAGAGCUGGCCCAGAUUGCCUGGGAACAGUGUAGAGACAGCAUAGCUGCUGCUUUGGCUGCCAGCAAAAUUCUGAAAAAGCUGGCACAGGAGUCCGAGAACGAUGACGAAGAUGAUGCCAAUGACAUGAAAGAACUUGCCAAGCACUAUGAGGAACAGGCCAUUGGUGUUUUCAGUGAGUGCCAUAGCUGGGAUGACCAGCGAGCUCAGAGACUUCUGAUCCGAAUUUCACCAUCUUGGGGCAAGACCACAUGUCUGCGUUUGGCACUGGAGGCGGACGACAAGAGCUUUGUGGCUCACUCAGGGGUUCAGGCUCUCCUCACCCAGAUCUGGUGUGGAGAGCUGGCUGUGGACACCCCUCAGUGGAAGAUACUCCUCUGCAUGCUGUUCUUCCCAAUCAUCUACACAGGCUUCAUAACCUAUAGACGUGACGAGGAUAUUGAGAGGGAGACCCUGAGGACAGAAGAGAUGCAGGCCAUGGAGUCCGUGACGGGAAGCUCGGCCGAUACCAGGAUGAAGAUCAUAUUCCGCGAUCCUCAGGACAGUGACCAGCUGAAGCCACUGAGUUGCCUAUCCAGGCUAGGGAGCUUCUACGCAGCCCCACAGGUGAAGUUCUUCUGGAACAUCGCCUCCUACUUUGGGUUCCUGUGGCUCUUCUCCAUCGUGCUGAUGAUCGAUUUCCAGCCCACGCCGUCAUGGAGGGAGUGGCUGCUCUACAUCUGGUUGAUCUCUUUAGUGUUUGAGGAGGUCAGACAGCUUUUUGAUGAUCCGGAUCGAUUUGGGUUCCGAAGGAAAGCCAGGAUGUAUAUUAAUGACUUGUGGAACAUUCUAGAUGUAUCCUCCAUCCUGCUCUUCAUCGCUGGUCUUGCCUGCAGGUUGGAUUUGAGUCUCAGACAUAGUGCAUUUUACACAGGAAAGGUCAUCCUCUGCAUCGACUUCAUCAUCUUCUGUCUGCGACUGAUGGCCAUCUUCACCAUCAGCAGAACCCUGGGCCCAAAAAUCAUCAUUGUCAAAAGGAUGAUGAUGGACCUGUUCUUCUUCAUGUUCCUGCUCAGUAUCUGGGUGGUGGCCUACGGGGUGGCUAAACAGGGCAUUCUGAUCCACAACGAGGAGAGACUGGACUGGAUCAUCAGAGGAGCUGUGUAUGAGCCCUACCUCAUCAUAUUCGGCAAUGUUCCAACCAACAUCGACAAUACUGAGUUUGACAACUCCACCUGCACCGUGGAUGGCUCUGACCCUAUGCAACCAAAAUGCCCUGUGCUCAAUGCCAACCAAAUGCCAGCCUUUCCUGAGUGGCUGACAAUCAUCAUGCUGUGUGUUUACCUACUCUUUGCCAACAUCCUGCUCCUCAACCUCCUCAUUGCCAUCUUCAACUACACAUUUCAGGAGGUGCAGGAUAACACCGACACAAUCUGGAAGUUCCAGAGGUAUGAGCUGAUUAAGGAGUACCACAGUCGCCCGGCUGCACCCCCUCCCUUCAUCCUCCUCAGCCACUUCUUCCUCCUGCUCAGGCGCUUCGUGUUGCGCCUUCGACCCCAGAAGCACAAGCAGUUCAGGCAGCGUUUGUCUAAAACUGAGGAGGAGGAGUUGAUGUCAUGGGAGGCUUUCAUGAAGGACAACUAUGUGGCCACCCAGCGCCAGGAGAGGAGUGAGACCACCGAGCGUCGCAUCCAGGACACGGCUGACCGGGUUGGCUUCAUGUCAGAGCUGCUGGAGAGAGAGCACGACCGGGGUACCACGGCAAAGCGACUGGCUCAGCUGGAGGAACAGGUCUCCCAGUCCGCUAAAGCACUGAAAUGGAUCAUGGACACCCUGAAAGCUCAAGGUUACCAAUCUAAAGAGGAAGCGCCUUCCAUGUCCAAGAGCACAGAGAGUGAAGGAGAUGAGCAUGAGAUUGAUGGUGAUCCAGAGAAGAGACAGUACCACUUCCACGCCCGCAGUUUCCUCUACCCGGGCACCAACAACAAGCGCUUCCCUGUGCCUGAGGAAAAAGUGCCUUGGGAGGUUGACUUCACGCCAUACAUUGCUGAAGUCUACAAUGCAGAGCCAAUCAAUGAAGCAGAACAGCUGACCUUAGACAAUUACAAGAACCCAGGGGGGCGCACAGGGAUAAGGGGGAGAGGAGCCCUGCAGAGUCUGGGCCCAAAUCCCAUUCUUGACCCUGUUCUAACUCACUGGCAAGACAAAGACCAUUCAGUUCUUCAGUUCUUAGCUGUCUGGAAUGAGGCCGAACGAUACUGGUCAAUGCCAGGGGGUGCUUUAAAAACAGGGGAGCCCCUUCCAAGCAGGCUGAAAAAACUCCUCGGGGAUAAGCUGUAUCAGAGAAUCAAAGCCAAGCUAGGAGAUGGCAGCCGGCAUAACACAGUGUAUGAGGGAUAUGCUGAUGACCCUAGGAACACAGAUAAUGCUUGGAUUGAAACCACUGUUCUCAACAUUCACUUGGACAGUACUGGGUCCCUCAUGAAUGAUCUGAACCGCACGGUAGCCGCCAGUCAAAUGUUAUCUGAACGGAUUCAGUGGAGGGAAGUCAGUAGCAAGACCCCAGUGUACACAUACCAAAGAGAAGCCCUCCGAUUAGUUGCCAAGCUCCACCAGACUCAGUUCUGAUUUGCACAAGCCCAGAAUAUGGAACAUUUUAAGACAAUCACAAGCACUCUUGACUUUGCUUAUGGAAAGCACUGCUGACACAUUUGCACUUCAGUAACAAAGUCAAUGCUGUCUCCACACAUAUAAAAAAGAAUGCUAUUUUGUACAUUUACACAGUAACAUGUAGAAAUGUUGAAUGUAUAUUGUGAAUGUGGAUAUGCAUAAUGUUUUAGUAACUGAUACACAGAGAGCCGGAUAAAGCAAAUUUUCAAUGAGACACCUAAUAUGCUUUAGGCCACUUUGCGUACACAGAUGAAGGCUGUUCGUACACAAUACAUCCAGGCUUUAAAUAUACCGUACCUAACCUAAGGUCUUCCCUUGGUGUAACAUAAUCAGUAUAAACCUGCCUACACAGUGUGCACAGCCUACUUUUUGAACACACAUAUCGACCUUAGAUAGCACAAAGACAAUAUACAGUCUUUUUCUGUUGGUCGAUGUCAUAGGCCUAAACUCCAGCAUACUCCUGUAUAUCUAAUUAAAGUCACAUAAAAAGGGUCUAAACUGUUUGUCUACAUUUUCUCUUUUUCUGGCCUAAAUCCUGGAGACAAGGUUACAGAAUGGAUGGAAUUGUCAAGC